GAAAGAUGGCAGGUCGAGGUUGUGGCGUGAGGAGACGGACAGGGACUCCGCUCCCGCCCCGCGUUCAGCAACCUGCUGCGCCGCGCCGGGACCUCCUCGCCAAGGAGGAAGAAUAUAAGCGUUUAAAUGCAGAAUUGGAGGCAAAAACAGCUGAUCUCGUUCGACAAGCUGAGGAAGCAAUAAGAGAUCAGCAAGAAGUACGAUCUCAGCCUAUUUCAGCACAAAUUAAAUCAUAUGAAGAUGAUGAUGAUUACAGUUUAAGAGGUCUCUUAUCUGAAGGGACAGUUCAUCUAUAUUCAGAAACUCAGCCAAAGAGCAAAAAUGUUGAUCCAGUAAACAAGGUUAAAAAAAAACUACACUCUGCAAAUAAAGGAAAGAAAACAAAUUCAAGUAUAAAGUUGAAAUACUCUGAUGUACCAACUGCCAAUGAUGUUGCCAUUCCAGAGGAUUUCUCAGACUUUUCUCUUGCAAAAACAGUUAGCAAAAUUGAAGGGCAACUGGAAGAAGAAGGCCUACCUGAUUAUAUAGAUGAUGAUAUUUUUUGUGGUGCUAGUAAAGACAUUGGAACAGAAGCACAGAUCAGAUUUCUGAAGGCCAAACUCCGUGUUAUGCAGCAGGAAUUGGAUAAUGUUGUAUGUGAAUGCAAUAGAAAGGAGGAUGAAAUUCAGGAUUUAAAGUCUCAAGUAAAAAAUUUUGAGGAAGAUUGUGUAAGACAGCAGCGAACAAUUAAUUUGCAACAGUCUCAAGCAGAAAAAUAUAAAACUCUUUUCGAAGAAGCAAACAAAAAAUGUGAUGGAUUACAGCAACAGCUGUCUUCAGUAGAAAGGGAAUUAGAAAAUAAAAGAAGACUACAAAAACAAGCUGCCACUACGCAAAGUGCCACGGAGGUUCGCUUGAAUAGAGCUCUAGAAGAAGCAGAAAAAUAUAAAUCGGAGCUAAGUAAAUUAAGACAGAAUAGCAAGGAUAUAGCAAGUGAAGAACACAAAAAAAUUGAAGCAUUAAAAUCAGAAAACAAGAAGCUAGAAAAACAAAAAGGAGAAUUAAUGAUAGGGUUCAAGAAACAAUUAAAAUUAAUUGAUGUUUUAAAAAGGCAGAAGAUGCAUAUUGAAGCUGCCAAGAUGCUGUCUUUCACUGAAGAGGAAUUUAUGAAGGCACUUGACUGGGGAAAUUCUUAAGUGGGUUUUUUAGUGUCU